AUGCUUCGCAAUGUACCAGCUGCGAGUGAAAUUAUCCAAGCCUAUCAUAGUUUCCCGGCUUCUGGUCAUCGACCAAUAACCUAUGAAAUACAAAAGGUUCUCGAUGAGGCUGAUAAACCAAAGAAGGGCGGAAAGAAAAGAACUAAGGAAGGACCCUCCGAACCUACCCAGACUCCAAAGAAGAAGGUGAAGCGAGCUGCUCACAAGCCACGAACUCCAACACCAAGUGAUCACGGAAAUUCGGAUUCCAAUACCAACUCAGAUAUUCCAGUUCAGCAUGAAAUAGAUGAAACUACAGAGACUUCACAUCCGAUGGUUUUGGAGCAUAUCACUACCAAUCCUGAGUAUAGCUCCUUUCCCACAUGUCUAUAUGGUUAUUUUGCAACCCCAAGCUACUCUCGUGCAAUCCACUCUUUUUUUAUUGAUUCUAUAGCAACAACAACCACACCCACUAGUGAACCUCCAGUUUCUGUCAACACAUCUGAUGCGGUGCCAGGUGCUUCAGGUUUCACUCUUGGUCAUGACUCUACACCCAUCUUCGGAUUGAGAAGGAUGCUCUUGAAAAAGUUCGCACUAGCAUUCAGUCUGACAAUACAGAGUCUCACACCUCAACCUUCCAAAAUAAAAAAGCUUCAUGAAGAUUUGCUUCUUGAAAACAAAACCGUGGAUGAGCUCGCUAUCAAAACACAGAAGAGUUUCAUUGCCGACGUGAAUGCCUUACUCUUUGAUAUCAUUGAGACUCGUGAUUCUCUAAUCACAAUCAUUGUUUGGAAGCAUCUGGCUGAUAAACUUAGGCCUAUGUUCGCAAUGCUAAACAGGCUUGAGGGUGUUUUGGCGUCUAGCACACUUCCGAAACAAGGGGGAGAAACUAAUAAGCUAUCUACGAAAGAAACCGCGAAACCAGUCGGUAGUAUUGAAGGAUCUGAUGCUCAAAAAGCAAAGUCAAAUUUCGAACCGAAGGAUAAUAUAGCUUUGGUUUCGAAAGGAAAAGAGAAGGUAAUAGAUGAUGGUGAAGAGGAGGAAGAGUAUGAAAACAUAAAACUCAAAUGCAAAGCACGUGAUGCAAUUCUUGAUGAAAAUCUGCGAAUCGCAAGAGAAGCAAAAGAAAAAGAGAAAGCGCUUCGUGAUACUCAAAUAACCCUAAAAUCUAAAAAGUUGUUAUUUCCUCCUUGGUCCAUGGAAAGGAUUUUGACAGAAGCAAUUGACAACCCAAGCAUUCAAUGCUUAGAGCUAGUCACUUUGUUUGACUUGGAGAACACACUGGAUUCGCAACUGGAUUUCCCUAUCACUACAAAAGUGUUUUUGUUUCGCAGCUUUAAAGUGAAUUUGAACACUUCUGGUUUAGAUGAGAGUGUGAACAAGUCUGUAAUGACAUUUUAA